AUGAAUGACUCUUUCGUAGGCAAAUAUUAUCUUGUUGACGCUGGCUUCCCAUCGGUUUCAGGUUUUCUUGCACCAUACCAUAGGACUCGUUAUCAUCGUAGAGAUAUUGAAGGUCAACGUCCUGAAAGUAGUAAGGAGUUGUUCAAUUUUCGACAUUCAUCUCUACGUAAUGUUAUUGAGCGUACAAUUGGUUUGCUGAAAAAAAGAUUUGCAUAUUUGAGACAUCAACCCUAUCACGACAUUGACACACAAGCAAAGAUAGUUCUUGCCUGUUCUGCCAUCCACAACUUCUUAAGGAUUGAUGACGUAGAAGAUGUUUGUGAGGAGGACGACUUAGAUAGUAGUGAUGAUGAGGUUAACCCUACGCAUGUUGAUGUACCUGAAGAUGAAACUCCAAAUGCUCACAUUUCUUUCACAAAUCAGGAAGUGUGGUCUAAUAAGAGGAAUGCGAUUGCUGAUUUAAUGUGGGCUGAUUAUCUUCCCAAUCAAAAUGCGGGAAUUGAUUUUGAUUGA